GUUCAUGUGGAAUGAGCGCCUGGGUUACAUCCUGACCUGCCCCUCCAACCUGGGCACUGGGCUGCGAGCAGGCGUCCACAUCAAGCUGCCGCUGCUCAGCAAGGACAGCCGCUUCCCUAAGAUCCUGGAGAACCUCCGGCUACAGAAGCGUGGGACAGGCGGUGUGGACACCGCAGCGACUGGUAGCAUCUUCGACAUCUCCAACCUGGACCGGCUGGGGAAGUCCGAGGUGGAGCUGGUGCAGCUGGUGAUAGACGGUGUGAACUACCUGAUUGACUGUGAGCGGCGGGUGGGUGGAGAAGGGGCAGGACAUCCGCAUCCCCUCCCCGGUGCCGCAGUUCCGGCACUGAGCUGGACCAAGGUAGCGCCAGCCCUGCGGGACCCAGCUGCCCCCAUAGCUUAUGCGAUCUCUGUGCCCAGCAUGUCGCUGUGUCCUGUUACCCACAACACGCCAGGACAGACCCCAUAAACAUGCGCUGCUGUA